AGUUCGACCGGCACACCAAAUCCGACUUUACGCACAGGAGGGGGCGGCCCCGGUGGCGCGUACUUGUAUUCUAAAGUCUGAAAGUUUACAUUGCCGGGUUCCACCUUCAGGGGCGACGCGCUCAAACACACUUUUGAAGAAGCUAAAAGGGAAACUCGCCAGCGCAUUUCAAUCCGGACGCGUUGCGGAUGGCUCCUUUGAGUAAGCGACCUAUUCCCUAAAAUCACCACGCAACUAUUCUUGACUUAGGCGUCGAAAGUAUCCCUCGUGUCCGCUUCCUGCGUUGGGGUUCCUCUUCUGCGCGCAAAUGCAAUCUUGAGAAAAAUCCCACACAAGUUAAAUCCAAACAGAUACGCACCGGCCAUGCAACCCGGACGUUUGAAGUCAGUCUGAAUCCUUUGAAUCAGACUCCGUGUUCGCAGCAUGGUCCGAUAAUUGGACGACGGAAAGAGAUUAAAAGUAAGCAAAGAAGCGCUCGAUAGACACUCGGAACAGUUUGAGUGGGUCGCGGGGACAUCCGCCCUCUCACGUCCAGGCGUCCCGCCGAGCGGUGCGGAGUCUCCAGCUUAAAGGCCGGCGGCGCUGACAUGCUGCCCAAAGUCGAUACUGAAUCCCUGGGACUCAGUCGAUCGUAUGGAGAACAACGGCGCGUGCCAAGGAAUAUGCAAGCCCACCAGUUAAAAAUGAUGGACUACACCUAUGACGAAGAUUUGGACGAGAUGUGCCCCGUGUGCGGAGACAAGGUUUCAGGGUAUCACUACGGACUACUGACCUGCGAGAGCUGCAAGGGCUUCUUCAAGCGCACCGUCCAGAACAACAAGCGCUACACGUGUAUAGAGAACCAGAGCUGCCAGAUCGACAAGACCCAGCGGAAGCGCUGCCCGUACUGCCGCUUCCAAAAGUGCCUCACCGUUGGCAUGAAGCUAGAAGCUGUGCGGGCGGACCGUAUGCGCGGGGGUCGCAACAAGUUUGGCCCCAUGUACAAACGUGACCGGGCCCUCAAGCAGCAGAAGAAGGCGUUGAUCCGAGCCAACGGGCUGAAGAUCGAGGCCAUGACUCAGGUGAUGCAGGCCGUGCCCACCGACCUCACCAUCUCCUCGGCCAUCCAGAACAUCCACUCGGCCGCGUCCAAGGGCCUCCCGCUGAGCCACCACCCGGGCCACCACACGGGUCACCACCACCACCACCACCACCACCACCACGCCAACGCCCUGCCCCCCACAGACUACGACCGCAGUCCGUUUGUCACUUCGCCGGUCAGCAUGGCAAUGCCGCCGCACGCCGGCAGCCUGCAGGGCUACCAGGCGGCCUACGGACACUUCCAGGGCACGCGCACCAUCAAGUCCGAGUACCCCGACCCGUACACCAGCUCGCCGGAGUCCAUCAUGGGCUACGCCUACGUCGAUGCCUACCAGACGGGCUCACCGCCCAGCUUCCCUCACUUGAUCGUGGAGCUGCUCAAGUGUGAGCCAGACGAGCCACAGGUUCAGGCCAAGAUCAUGGCGUACCUGCAGCAGGAGCAAGCCAGUCGGGGCAAACACGAGAAGCUCAACACCUUCGGCCUCAUGUGCAAGAUGGCCGACCAGACGCUCUUCUCCAUCGUGGAGUGGGCCCGCAGCAGCAUCUUCUUUCGAGAACUCAAGGUGGAUGACCAGAUGAAGCUGCUGCAGAACUGCUGGAGUGAACUACUCAUCCUCGACCACGUCUUCCGGCAGGUGAUGCACGCCAAGGAGGGCUCCAUCCUAUUGGUCACUGGCCAGCAGGUGGACUAUGCAGUGAUUGCGUCACAGGCGGGAGCCACCCUCAACAACCUGCUCAGCCACGCCCAAGAACUGGUGGCCAAGCUACGCUCACUGCAGAUUGACCAACGGGAGUUUGUCUGCCUCAAGUUCCUGGUCCUAUUCAGCCUAGAUGUGAAGAACCUGGAGAACUUCCACCUGGUAGAAAGCGUCCAGGAGCAGGUCAACGCGGCGCUGUUGGACUACGUCAUGUGCAACUACCCGCAGCAAACAGACAAGUUUGGCCAGCUGCUCCUCCGGCUGCCAGAGAUCCGAGCCAUCAGCCUGCAGGCCGAAGAAUACCUUUACUACAAACACCUGAAUGGCGACGUGCCCUGCAACAAUCUGCUCAUUGAAAUGCUUCACGCCAAGAGAGCUUAGGAGGGGACCUCGCCGCAACAUGACGCAGCUGUGCACACAUCCUGAGUUUUGCUGCAGGCCCCCCCCCCCCCCAAAAAAAAAAACUCCAAAUAACUGAACCUCCGGCUCAGACUUGACUGAGUGAUGAGCUGGUGGAUGGAGAGCAGAGAGCAACUCUUGUCUACAUUAAAGCUCAUUAUGAUUUUCAAGUUACACUUUGGAUUACGGCUUUGGACGAACACGCGUGCGCAGAGACAGAUCCUGCGCGUGCAAAAAAAAAGAAAGAAAAAGGUCUGAAGGAAUCAGGCACAUCUUCUCAACCACACAGAAAGGGACAAUACUGGGAACGAGAGGGAGGAAACGAGAGAAAAAAAAAAAAAAACACUUGAAGGGGACACUGCAUUUGGCACGAGAAGGGAUCUAAUCGUCUGUGCGAGCGUCGAGACCGGCCCGCUGCAACUUAAAGAAUUAACAACCCCUGACUGUUUUAGAGCUCCUGGCAUAUUGCACGGCUUUUUUUGUGCUGAGAAGGGAAACUGAGUAGCACGGGCCAUCUUUUAGCGAGCUUUGAGACGAGAGUGGUGGCCGAUUCUGGGUGACGAUCCUCCGGUGUGCUCUCCUUCACUGAAACCGGCUUUCCGCCGCCGUUGGUACUGUGAAGACGAACGGAAAAGCAGUCAACCCGGCCGGGGACUCUUACCUGCCGUCACAUCUGUUCUUUGAACUCACAUGAGACGCCUGCCGCAGCAGUUUGAGCCGAACCUAGAAGGUUCGAUGUGACGGUUUCAAAAUAAACGUUGAAAAGAGUAAAAUUCCUUGAUGAACAAAAUAAUAAACAGGCCGAUAAGAAGAAAAUGCUGACAUGUUUGUUUUUUUUCUCACGUGAAAUGGUAGUCAUUUACUCCUCAUGGUCACCGUGUGGUUCCCCUUUCUUAUUCCAACACCCUGAAACAUUUUGAACUAUGUACCUCAGAAAGACCAGUGUUAAAUAAAUUCAAUUAAUAAUGUUAGCUCAAUAAGUUGUAUUUAUUGCCCUUUACCUGCAAGAAAAGAACAAAAAAAAGCUUGUUUUAUUAUUUCAUUACAACUGGAACAAACAACGUGUGAUUCUGGAGACGGAGAACGAUUGACCCUGCGUUUGUCCGGAAAGACCAAAGCUUGCUGCAGAACAGAAGAAGGAAAUUACAAAAAAACUUAAUAAUCAGUAUUAUAAGAGAAAAAAGAUUUUUGAUGUCACAGUUAUGUGAGUCUUGCCUUAUUUCAUUAACAUGCUAGAUAACCGUGCAGAUGUGAAUGAAAAUAUGUACAAAUAUAUAUAUAAAGUAUUAAUGUUGUAAAAAUAAAAAAGGAUAAUUCAACAGGUGUUUACAUUAAUAUGGUCAUAUGGGAGAGAACUGUGAUGAAGCAUAAAUUGCAAAGCAAUGAUUUCCUAAAAAAUGAAAAAAAUGAAAUGAAAAAAAAAGAUCCCUCUGGUUUGCUUUCUUUGGUGUGUGUACAGUGUUUAUUUUUUAUUUGGUUUUGAGCAGUACUUAAUUAUUGUCGUGAGACACUAAAAUCAAAAAGGAAUCACACUUAAAAUAUUAAUUUAUAUCUGUGUCAUCUGGCAUUCAAACAUUUGUUUCUUAAGCGUUGCUGUAUAAGGAUUCCGUUUCACUCUCAACCUUUUUGUAGACUUUUUUUCUUUUUUAUUUACCGUGCUUUGGACUUUUUUUAUGUAUAGUAUGUCACUGGUUACGCUUAAUAAUGAAGAUAAUUUAUUGCUUCUCUGGGUUUCCAUCUUUGUGUUACAUGACGUGAGGUGUCUGCGCCAGAAUAAAUUUGUUUACUGUCG